AUGGUCAGCCUCAGACUUCUCGCUCUGGCGAGCGCUGUUGGGGCUGUUGGGGCUGUCGGUUCAGUCACCCCCUCAAUCCAAUGGACCAGCUGCCCUGAGAGCCCCUCAGACCAAUUUCAAUGCGCCAACCACACAGUCCCACUGGACUGGGCCAACCCCCAUGGGCGGAAAAUCAAUCUAGGGAUGGCAAUGAUGCCAGCGGCCAACAAAUCGCAGCGCAUCGGUUAUCUCCUGUUCAACCCAGGCGGACCCGGCAAUGCAGCAACCACCGACCUGAUGACAAGCUCGGAAAUCUGGGAAGACAGCAAACUCCACCAGUAUUUCGACAUCGUCGCCCUGGACCCGCGCGGCACAGGCCAGAGCACCCCCAUCCAAUGCGAUCCCCAUGCCUGGAACGUCCGUGUCCCCGAAUUCCCGCGCACGCCCGCCCAAUACCACGAAAUGACCCAAGCGUACAGCGCCAUGGGCCAGAGCUGCGCUGAAAAAAGCGGCGAACUCCUCAACUUCGUCGACACAGCGAGCGUAGCCAAAGACUUCGAAGCCGUCCGCGUCGCCCUCGGAGACGAAAAGCUUACCUAUCUCGGCUUCUCGUACGGCACCCAGCUCGGCUCCCAGUACCUCGAACUCUUCCCCGACAACGUCCGCGCCGCCGUCCUUGACGGCGUCCUCGACCACUCCCAGCCCGAGAUCUUCGCCUGGGAGUCAGAAGCCCUCGGCUACGAAGUGACCCUGGGCCGGUUCUUCCACUGGUGCGCCACCGACCGGUCCUGCGCACUGCACAACACCACCCAGCUCCCCACCAAGUUCGACGCCUUCAUCGACCGCGCCAACCGCACCCCCAUCUUCGCCCCCGACUGCUCCGAUGUCUCCUUCGACAACUACCCCUGCCGCUCCAACGUCACCGGCCACGAGCUCCUCCGCACCCUCCAAGCAGCCCUCAUCUUCCCAUACGACGACACCCCAGAGUACGGCUCCGGCUGGGCGGCCGCGUCGGCCGCCCUACGCGACGCCAUGUUCCACAACGACUCAAGCUCCUUCUCCUACCCCGUCUACAGCGAACAAUCCAACUCUGACUUCAGCUACGUCUCCAUCAUCUGCCAGGACUGGCAGCGCGCGCACUGGUCCGCGGACGACUUCUUCUUCAAGGUUCUCGCUGGCGAGGUCAUGACUCCGCACACCCGCGGCCAGGGCGAAUUCUGGUACCUCCAGGCGAAGUGUCUCCAUUGGCCUGCGCCUGUCACGAACCCUCCGCGUGAUUUGACGUCUACUUUUGCGGGUAGGACGCUUGAUACGCCUGUUCUCUUGACGAAUGCGCUUUAUGAUCCUGAGACGCCGUUCCAGUGGGCUCUUUCUGUGAAGCGACAGUUGGGGGAUCGUAAUGCUGUGUUGGUUGCGAGGAAUGGGAGUGGCCAUUUGAGUUACUUCCAUAAGGGGGAUACGAGGGAUGCUAUUGAUGAUUAUUUGAUUGGUUUGAAGGUGCCGAGGAGUGGGACUGUUUUGCAGUCUUAG